AUGGAAGGUCUCCUGAUUCUGUUUCAUGAACUCAAAACUGUCACCUACAUGGAAGGUCAGCUUCAAGCUAGACUAGCCAACAGCCAUGCCCAGCAGGAACUUUUUGGGGACUUGGAUGACAUGUUCGAUGAUCUCACACUUGACCACCUCACACAGGACCUGGAUGAUCAGCACCUGUUGGAGGCAGGAGGGGUGGCUGCAGAGAGGCAGGUGGGUGAUCAGCUCCUGGGAGGAGAACUCAUCCCCCUCUGUGCAUCGGAUGACACAUAUGACACCAGCAUGUGGCCAUACGUCUGGCUGCAGGCUAACAUGCAGGCUCCUUGGCCCCCUGCCCUGCCCAGACCUGUUCUGGAUUCCACCCCAGCCUUCCCCAAGGUCGCUGCCACCUCCCACCUGCCAGGCUUAGGCAGGCCUCUGAGACAUGGCCAGAAGGCUGGCAGGCAGGAGGGCUGGGGCAAGCACGGGGGCCAUGGAGGGACAGCAGAGCCCAUAGUCUAUCAGAAGCUGUUGUUCUGGGAGCCAAGCCUGGAGUCAGAGGAGGAAGAGGAAGAGAAAGAGGAGACAUCACAGGCACUGGUUCCCAACCCCUGAGGCCCCAGGACUCUUCUGCCACAGCUCAGGACACCCCUCUGCAGGAACAAGGCUGGUGGGCUGCCUGGAACCUGGGCCCGUCUAGUGGCCGCCCUGCUGCUGCUGGCUAUGGGCUGCUUCCUGGCCAUGUGGCAGCUCCAGCAUCAACGCAGCCCCACAGGAGGCCUGGGCUCCAUGGCCCCUCCACCCAGCGGACACUCCCAUGGCCCUGGUUACCAUCAUGGUGCCAUCAUCAGCCCUGCAGCCAUGUGCUCCCACCUAGGCUGGGAGCUGCUUGUUGCCGGGGGCAACGUUGUGGAUGCCGGCAUGGGAGCUGUUUUGUGCCUGGCGAUGGUGCAUCCUCAUGCCACGGGGCUAGGUGCCAUGUUUUGGGUCUUCCACAACAGCUCCUUGGGCAAUUCCACGGCCCUGACAUCAGGCCCAGCACAGACCCUAGCCCCCGGAGUGGCACUGCUCAUGGCUCUGCCCACCCUGCACCUGCUGCAUGCAUGCUUUGGCCACCUUCCCUGGCCAUGCCUGCUAGUCGGCCCUACCACACUGGCUUAGGAGGGCUUCCUGGUGGACAAGCCCCUGGCAGCUCAGGGCACAGGUCUCUGUCCACUGCUUUGCCAUCCUGAUGGGACGCCUCUGGGCGCUGGAGCCCGAGCUACCACCCCCCAGCUGGCAGCCACGCUUUGCAGGGCAGGCUUCGCUCCCACCUCAGACCUUGCCAGGGACUCACUACUGAGUCUGCUGGCAGGAGACCUGGGGGUGGAGAUGCCCUUGGCUGGGCCCAGGCCCACUUUGGAACCAGCGCAGCAGCUACACAUGGCCCAGGGCAUCCUGUUCCCACCCACCCCCAGUCCCUCAGCCAGCCCAGAGCUGCUUGCACUGCUGGAGGCAGCCCUAGGGUCUGGGGCAUCCAGCCUUGACCCCUGCCCACCAGUCUUGCAAACUGCUGUGAGCCCCAAGAGCGGCACCCUGGCCACCAUGGACAGCAGCGGCUCUGUGUUCCUUCUCACCUCCUCGCUCAACAGCUCCCUUGGUUCUGCAUGCCUUCCAGGCAUGGGGGUUCUGCUCAGCAACAUGACGGCCAAGUCUACCGCUAGUGCCUGGGCCUGUCCCCUCAUCCUCAGCCUGGAUGACACAGAGGCCAAUGUGUUGGGGCUAGUGGCUUCAAGGACCCCUGAUAUGGCCAGAGAAAUGACUCACACUAUACUCAGCCAUCUGGCAGAGCCCCAAACCCAGGCCCAGCACCAGCACCAGGGCCAGCAAGAACCAACAGAGCAGCCCAGCACUUGUGGUCAAGGGAUCCUGCUCCAGGUGGCAGCCUAUGCAGAGCACGUGCAUGUCUCCCGUGUCCCCCAUGGCUGCUGCCCCUACCAGGGGAACUAA